UAUUAACCCACCAACACCAUAAACCCUCUCUCGUAUCAGUCCUCCCUCAUUAUUUUCGCUCCUCUUGAAGAUCCAGAGAUACAAAACCCUAGAAGGCGCCAAGCGAGGUGAGAGAACUGAACGCAGGAGAGGAAGAGCCUGAAAACCACUUUCUCUCACCUCACUUGCUCGCGAUACAAAUCCAAACUCAGGGUUCUGACUGAUAUUUGGUCUUCACGAAAGUGUCAGUGAUGCCUUCAUCGGUUGAGCAAGCUGCAGCACCGACUGCUGAUGUGGUGGGGAACGCCUUUGUUCACCAAUAUUACCUUAUCUUGCAUCAAUCGCCCGAUCUCGUCCAUCGAUUUUAUCAUGAUAUUAGUAAGCUUGGUCGUCCUGAAGGAGAUGGCGUGAUGAGUAUUACAACCACUAUGCAAGCUAUUGAUAAGAAAAUACGCUCCCUCGACUGUAAGGGGAUAAGGGCUGAAAUUAUAACGGUGGAUGCCCAGGAUUCUUACAAUGGGGGAGUCCUCGUCCUCGGGACUGGAUUUUUAACUGGAAAAGACAACAUAAGGCGGAAAUUUACUCAGAGUUUCUUCUUGGCUCCUCAAGACAAAGGCUACUUUGUCUUGAAUGAUGUAUUGAGAUAUGUUGAUGACGAACAACCACAACAACAACAACAACAACAGCAGGAAAAUCAAGAUUCUGUUUACGCUGUUGAAGCUCCACUUGCUCCUAGCCAGGAUCCUUCUCUGGUACAGGAAAAUCACAUUUCUGAGCAUAUAGCUGUUUCACCAGAGGAAACCAAUGGUGUGGAAUUGUACAAUCCCUCUGAGAAUGGUGAUGAUACAAUGGAAGAAGAGGAGGCCCUCGAGCCUGAGUUUGUUGAUGAAGUUCCUGAUGAUUCGCAGGUGGUAAUUACUGAAUCUAAUAUUAUAAUCGAGGAACUGCCCAAGAAAUCUUAUGCUUCAAUUUUGAAGGUCAUGAAGGAGGGUGCUCCAUCUUUGUCCAGUUUUACUCCAGCUCCUUCAAGGUCCCUUCAGAAGAACCAAGAACGACCUAUAAUUUGUCCACCGCCUCCACCCCCGGUGUUGGAGACACCUAUUUCCAGCUCUGACUGUGGGAAUAACCACGAGGGUGAUGAUGAGGGUCCCUCUAUCUACAUUAAAAGUUUGCCCUUCAAUGCCACACCUGCUCUAGUUGAGAAUGAGUUCAAGAAGUUUGGACUUAUUAAGAGUGGUGGUAUCCAAGUUAGAAGCCAAAAGGGCUUUUGUUUUGGCUUUGUGGAAUUUGAAGAUGCAAAUGCUGUUCAAAGUGCAAUAGAGGCAUCACCGAUCAUGAUUGGUGGGCGUAGAGUUGUUGUUGAGGAGAAGAGGUCUAAAGGGGUCAACCGGGGGCGGUCAUCAGGGGCUGGAUAUAGGAAUGAGGGGGCGAGAGGGCGUGGAAACCACAAUGGGAGCCGAGGUUAUGGUCGCAAUGACUCCUUCAACAAUAGGGAAGAGUUCGGUAACAGGGGUGGAAGUCGGGGAGGAUUUUCAAACCGUGGAGAAAUUGGAUAUCAAAGGACUGAUAGCAGUGGUGAUCGUGGUAACCGAUCUGGUGGGUUGACUAUUAAUGCAGCUGUCAAGAAUUCUGCACCACGAGUAUCUGCUCCUGCUUGAAUCAUAUGCUUGAAGGAAUUGGAGAGUAGUCGAAGAUAUGGCUUCCGUUUGCGGUGUAGUGAUUUUUCAAACUUGUUGGAUAGCCAUCAAGAAGAUAAAGCGCACCUUGGUGGAUGAGAUACCUGUAACUUUCUUUAGGAUUUUUCUCUGGGGCUUUUCUCUGCCUUAUUUUUUUUGAUGAAUGAAUUUUUUUGGUGCUAUACUUGGAGGGUUUCCCAUGGGUAAGUUACUGUUGAGGUUUUAUGCACGUUGGUGAAUUAAUAUUGAGGCUUUAUUGCUCCUACUUCAUUGAGAACAAUUCAGUUUCUAGACAUGGCUUCAGGGAUCUCUGUUUCGGUA